AUGUAUCUUCAAGCUUCCGUAUUCACCCUCACCUUCUGUUUUCUUUUGGCAUCAUGCCAACUGAGUACGGUAACUGACGGUCCAUGUAUGGAUGACCCAACUACCGAUUGUCAGGAUUAUGCAGCGCUGUGCAAGAAUCCAAUGUAUCAGAACUUUUUGGAUGUUUUCUGCCCAAAAACCUGUGGGCUGUGCCCUGGAGGUGCUACUGUUGUCCCUCCAACUCCUCCCGGUAAUUGUGUUGAUAACAACAUGAAUUGCAAACAAUGGGUGAAAGAAGGAUACUGUACUGCUUGUUUUGUGGAUUGUGCCGAUCGAGUCAAGAACUGCGCGAAAUCCUGUAAAUUCUGCGUACCAGGAUCUUGUUUGAAUUGUAAAUAUCGGUCGAAAUUUAAUAGGAUUUUCUUCGACUAA